AUGACCAAGGCAUUUGGUGCGAUUAGUUGCGACUGUUGUAAAGCAUUCUUUAGGACAUUUGCACCCAAAAAUCAGCCAUUGGUUUGUCAAUCAAACGGUGAAUGCGUUAUAAACCUAUUAACCAGAAAGUGGUGUAAAAAGUGUCGACUCGACAAGUGUUUGGCCGCAAGAAUGAGAAAAGAGUUAAUCCGGAGUAAAGAGGAAAAUGAAAGACUAAAACAAGUUGUUAUAAACAAUAGACUAAAACAAUUGCAAUGCAAUGAAUCAGUGGUUUCUUUGGGUUAUUGUAACUCUCCGUUAACUACAAGUCACUCGUCGACUGAUUCAAAACCAAUUGACAAAAACAGUAUCAAUACGAGUGCCGAAGAGCUGACGGAACAGAUCAGAGAUAUUGAAAACUAUGUGACGAACAAUAUAUUCACUGCAAGUAAUGAAGAGUCACCGGAAUUGCCAUUAAUUCCCGUAUUCCGGGAACUCAUCGAUUAUAAGGGUUUGAAUCAAUUAGAGUGCAAUCGGAUGCGGGAAUUGAUGAUCGCUUCCAAUGAUAGUUCAAGAUCAGUUCAACUCGAUUUGUGUAUGUUCGAACAGACACAUUAUAAUUUGUUGAAAUAUUACUAUGGACAAUUUCUACUGGUGUGGGAUUACAGCGACCCGAUUAUUAUAAACCUGUUGACGGCAAUAAUACUCGAACAACAACUCCCGAACCCACAGCUCGUAACCAAUGAUAAUCUACACCAUAUGUCUGGUCGGUAUGGCUCUGCUGAUGGCCCUCGCGAUGUGCGGCGACCACAUUGUCGACGCCAGGCUCAGUGGCUCAAUGAGGAGCCGACAGUAUCUGCGCGCCCGACGCUCACCUCAACCGCGGCCGAUCAGCCCACGGAGAAAGCCCAUGGAAGCGCAGUGACGUCGCCGGCACUGAUCCGCACAAUCAAUGUCACUGCAAAUAUUACAUAA